ACCUGCGCCGUCUCCACCGCAAUGGAUCUGACGGCUUUGCUGGGAUCAGAUCCUAUCGCAGACCCUGAAGAAGAGGCAUUCGUCGUCUUCUCGCAAGACAUUCCUUCUCAGUCGCUCGGCUUCUUCGACUCCAAGGCGGCGACGCUCGACUUCACCGUGGCGGGCCACCAGCUGGUCAUCCACCACUCCAAGAGUCUCCUGACCUCCGACCGCAAGGCAGGAACCACCGGUGCAGCAAUCUGGCGAGUCACUCCCCUCUUCGCCAAUUGGAUCGCCUCCCCCACCAAUUUCCUUGCCACCAGCUCCCUCCUGUCUCCUUCCGCUACUGUCCUUGAGCUCGGUGCCGGCGUCUCUGGCAUUGUCGCUCUGACUCUCGGCCCAAGAGUCGGCAAAUACAUCGCCACGGACCAGCCAUACGUGUUAAGGCUCUUGCGCCAAAACAUUGCUGAGAAUCUGCACACCGUCUUCUCGCAACACAGCAAAAGCAAGAAUGCAAAAGGUAGCGGCAAACGAAAUGCCAAGGCCGACGACACAGCAGCGGCAGCAGCAGCAGGAGGUGCAGAAGACCGCAUCACCACCAUGGAGUUAGAUUGGGAGACUGACUCCGUUUCCCAUCUUCCUCCCGUCAACCUCAUCAUAUCCUGCGAUUGUGUCUAUAAUGAAGCCCUCAUCGAGCCAUUGAAUUCUACCUGCGCCGCUAUAUGCAAGCUACAAGAGGACGAAACGAAGCCUACAAUAUGUCUAAUAGCACAGCAAUUGCGCAGCCCAGAUGUAUUCGAAACUUGGCUGAAAAGCUUCCACGGAAAGUUCUGGGCGUGGCAGGUUCCUGAUAAAAUGCUGGGUGAGGGACUGCGCGAGGGAAGUGGGUUCGUCGUCUAUCUAGGCGUCGUGAGGUGAGCAUGGCCAUACACAAACGGCCAGCUAUUCAGCGACGAAAAGCGCAAACCAAACCAGGUGCUUCUCGAUGGUUGCUAGAGAGUAGCACUGUGUUUAGAGAUGAAGCGAGAGGUUGAUCUCGUAUGCCGUUCAAGGAGCAUAGAUCGAAAUGAAGAGGACGACGAGGAGGCAUGUACAGUAAAAGGAAAAAAUCAUGAACCAGCCACGAAGGAUCAAAGCAAUGCACAAAACGGGAGGAUGGUAGAUAAAACCCUCUGGCGUUGGUGUAUUUCAUGGUUGCUUCGGCUAUGGGAUCAGGUCGCCGAUAACCGGCCAUCAAUAAGGCAAUGACAUCCCCACGUUCCCCAGC